CAGACUAGAUUUUAAGCGAUGGGAAAUUUUCGUGUCCGUUGAACUGGUACUCAUUCUAGUACUUGACCGAUUAGUGACAGAUGUCAAGUGUAAGCUGGUGUCCUAAAAACAGUCACACGUGAAUAAAGUAAUGAAAAAGGGAAAUAAAAUAUCCGUGAUGUGCACAGCCGUGAUUAUAAGAAAAUAUCCAAGUUGUUGCGCAUGACGAGCGUAAAUUCACCCUCAUGGACCGCACAUUGAUCGAGGCUUGCGCUAAAAGGGGAUGCUGGGCAUUCUCGUUCCUGACCCCCAAACGCCGCCUCCAAUCAAUGCCGCGAUUAAAAAUUUUAAAUUAUUUUAUUUAAACAUAUCUUGAGUAUAAAUAAAUAUAUUGAGACCAUGUGGCAAAAUUUAAAUAAAUAAACUACGCGGUUUAAUUAUUUUCGUUGAUUAUAUAAAUAUACAUCUGUACAAGUGCCUCAUAUAUCUGUAGACAGUGAAAGGACUUCCAAGGACCUCAGACUCGCACUAUCAAGUUUGAAUUUUAUUAAACUCAUCCGCCAGAUUAAUUGACACAUUUAAAUGGCGGAGUUCCGAGGGUAUCAUAUCCCAUCAUUCGGCGCGACGGUGAACGUGGUGUGGGAGACGAUAAAGAUGAAGCUGCCGGAAAAUAGUCCAUGUAUGGAAUUAAUAAGAGGUCCUGAAUCGGGACAGCAAACGAGACCAGGAGUCGGCGAAGGGUUCAAGCCCUACGGAGAGGGCGGUGAUAAUACCGAGAUGACGGAGAUGAAUGGAGAGCAGGCGUUUGGGGGUCCACAGAAUUCCGGAGUCGCCGAGGAGUCAUUUAGUUAUCAACGUAAUGGGGAUAAAAUCCGCGGGGGAAGCGUCAGCAGCGGGGGGUUCAGUGAAUACGAUGACGGGGGCGGAGAGUUUGCAUCUGGAGUUAAAAUCAACGAGUGGCAAGCGGCAUGGAACGUCACCAAUGCCAUCCAGGGAAUGUUUAUAGUCUCGCUGCCAUUCGCGGUCCUACGCGGCGGCUACUGGGCGAUCGCGGCGAUGAUAGGAGUCGCGCAUAUCUGCUGUUAUACUGGUAAGAUCCUGGUGGAGUGUCUCUACGAGUUGGACCCAGUAACCGGACAGCGCGUCCGCGUACGUGAUUCUUACGUGGCCAUUGCGAAGGAAUGCUUUGGUCCGCGAUGGGGCGCAAGGGCAGUAAAUAUCGCACAGAUAAUUGAACUGUUAAUGACGUGUAUACUCUAUGUCGUUGUUUGUGGAGAUUUGAUGAUUGGAAGCUACCCCGAGGGAGCGAUAGACGCGAGGAGUUGGAUGAUGUUAAUAGGAAUUUUUCUGAUACCAUUUGGUUUUCUUAAGUCACUCCACCAUGUCUCGGUUCUCAGUUUCUGGUGCACAAUGGCUCACAUAUUUAUCAAUGUUGUCAUACUCGGCUACUGUAUACUAGAAAUAGCGGACUGGGGGUGGUCUAAAGUAAAGUGGACCAUCGACAUCGAGACCUUCCCCAUCUCAUUGGGUGUGAUCGUCUUCAGUUACACUUCCCACAUCUUCUUGCCAACCCUAGAGGGGAAUCUGAUCGAUCGAUCAAAGUUCGACUGGAUGCUCGACUGGAGCCACAUCGCCGCGGCCAUCUUCAAGUCCGUCUUCGGGUGGCUCUGCUUCUUGACAUUUCAAAACGACACCCAGCAAGUCAUCACGAAUAACCUCCACUCCGCGGGUUUCAAGGGGCUCGUUAAUUUUUGUCUCGUCAUCAAGGCUCUGCUGUCAUACCCACUGCCCUAUUACGCGGCUUGCGAGUUAUUGGAACGAGCUUUCCUUCGUGGCAGACCCAAAACAAUUUUCCCGACGAUCUGGACCGUCGACCACGAGCUCAAAGUGUGGGGUCUUGCUUGGCGAGUCGGUGUCAUCACCUUCACUAUUCUCAUGGCGAUUUUCAUUCCACACUUCAGUAUACUCAUGGGUUUCAUCGGUUCCUUCACUGGUACCAUGCUCUCGUUUAUCUGGCCCUGCUAUUUUCAUUUAAAACUGAAAAGAAAUUCAAUGGAAAUGAAGGAGGUCGCCUAUGACUGUUUUGUAAUUUUUCUAGGAGUUAUUUUCGGAGUUAUCGGCGUUUUCGACUCGGGCAAAGCUCUUAUCAAAGCCUUUGAAAUCGGUCUUCCAUUUUAAAUUAGCUUUAUUAUACACAAAUUAAAAAAUUUAAAAAAAUAUACAUAAAUAUAUAUAUAUAUAGUAAUAUAUAAAUUAUAAAUUAUGAAUGGAUUUUUUGUCUGUAGAUUUAUCUACAAGUUAUUUUACCAGGUUUUAGUGAUCGUUGAUGAUAUUCAUCAAAUUCAAAGAAUUUAUUUGAUAUAAAGUGUCUUCCACUAAAAAAUAUAAUAAAAUAUCAUAUCCAGACCGGACGUUCUAUCAGUUUCACGAGCAAUAUUUUUUUUUAAACAGACCCAAGUCUCAUAUCAACAAAUUUUUUAUUUACAAUCUUUAAAUUCGUGUUUACUCCACUGGCUUGUUAAAUACUUGAAGUUUAAUUACAAAACAGAUAUUAUAGCCGUCGGUCGUUAAAAAUAUUAUCAGUACACAUAAAUAUAUAAACUGACAAUAAUAUUGUUCGUAUUACAUGACUAAUAAUAAAAAUAAAAAUAUAAAUCUAAAUUACGCGGUCGAAAUACAAACGGACUUUUGCAAAUGUGCAAAAGAAAAAAUUAAAUGUCUUCCAUUUUAAAACCAAAAAAAAAAAUUAAUGUCUUCCAUUUUAAAAAUAAAGCCGAUUGAAAGAAAAAAUUUUAUCCGAUAGAAAAAAUGGGAUUUAUAUUUAUAAUUAUCAAAUUUUGAAUUUUAUUUAUACAUUUUUAAAUAAAUUCAUCGGCCUAUCAAAUAAUUCUUCAAUGAGAUUUUUAUUUCAAAAAGUCUGACAGAAAAAUUAUUUUUUAAAAUUAAUUGUCGAUAGAUUUCUGUACCGAUCAGAUUAAAUUUAAAUUUUCAGUUAGAUCUUACACGGAAAGAAAAUUAUGGCAGCGGUUCCCAUAAUUUUGGGAAAUUUUUUCCUAUACCAUCAUAGGAAUUACGACCAUAAAUUAUGGGAGCGGUUCCUAUAAUUAUAGAAAUGUUUCCCAUAAUUAUAGGAAUAGUUCCUAUAAUUAUGGGAAUGAUAUCCAUAACACUAUAGGAAUGAUUCCUAUAAUUAUAGGAAUACUUUCUAUAAUAUUAUGGGAAUCAUUCCCAUAAUAUUAUGGAAAUAGUUCCCAUACUAUUAU